AUGUGUCUCCUGUCUCCUUGUAUAGGUGCUGGUAGGGGCCUCGUCUUAGAUACAUGGGCAGCCUUUACCCCUGUAUGUGAGCUUUCCUUUAGGGGCCCCAUAGGAGGGGGGGCCCCCCAAGUGGGGGCCCCACAGGCAGGGCCCCCCCAAGUGGGGGCCCCCCAAGGUGGCCCCCCUAGAGGUCCCGGAGCUGCAUCUUCAGCAGAUACCGCGGAGACCUUUGGUGCCACCACAGGGGGCCCCCAGGAGGGGCCCCCUUGCUGCUGUAACCUAUGUGGUGCCUCCUAUGGGGGGGGGGCCCCAGGGGGCCCCAUGGGGGCCCCUGUCUCCUUUGCUGCUCAGCCGCCUCCCCCCUUUGACGCAGAGGACUAUGUAGAGAGACUUAAUAAUGUAUAUAAGGACCUCUUAGUGGGUGCAGCAACUGGGGGCCCCCCAGGGGCCCCCCCUGGCGGAGUGACCAGUGCAGCAGACUUAAGAGCACUACCCAGCCGUACACUGCAGCAGCAGCAACAGCAGCAGCAGCAACAGCAGCAGCAGCAGCAGCAGCAGGAUCCAAGGGUUGCUGCAUCUACUGCUCCUUCUUCUGGUUUAUCAUCAACUGCUGCUUCUUUUGUAAUUCCCCAACCAGGACAAUCCAUCACAGGGAACCCGCAGCAGCAGCAGCAGCAGCAGCAGCAGCUGCAGCUGCAGCGGCAGUCUACUGCUGCUGCUGCUGCUGCUGCUCUCUCUGGGCAGCAAGGUCUACCUGCCCCUCUUAUGGGAUCCGUUUGCUGCGCUGCUGUUGCUGCAUGCGGCUGUCUUCGAGUCUGGGAUCUAGCGUAA